UGACGUCACUUCCCACGAACUCCAAAGCAUUCCCUUUUGGAGUGGGAGGAGGCACUGUGGAUUGUUUGGGGUGAACAAGCGCAACAACUUGGAUUUGUGGUGAAAUAAGAAAGCAUAACCGGGAGCGAUGCUUCCAAUGAGUUUGGCCUACAAAGAGGACUUUUUAGAGAGAUAUUUCGCACAUGUUAACGGCGCUUUUCUGGCCACCGAGACCGAGGAGCUGUGAGCAUGCGGCUGACUUUGAACAAACUCGCUCGGUUUGAACUCAGUCAGGACUUCGUCUGAGUCCAGCUCCGGGAGGAGGACAUGUGCGCUCGGGAUGGGACUGUGUCUCGGUACCGACGUUACAGAGGAGGAGAAGAAGGCGAGGAUACUCAGUGCCAAGAUCGACAGAGACCUGUACGAGGGCGCCAAGCGGGAGAUGAAUGUGGUUAAAAUACUCCUUCUAGGUGCAGCAGAGAGUGGGAAAAGUACUUUGGUCAAACAAAUGAAAAUCAUCCACAGCAAUGGAUUUACCAAGCAAGAACUCAGCAGCUUCAAGCCGGCAGUGUUGGAUAACCUCCUGACCUCCAUGAAGUUUGUUCUUCAUGGCAUGGGCAUCCUGCGCAUCAACCUGGCUAACAGCAGGAACAAGGUGCACGCCCACUCUGUGCUGUCGUGUGGUCGCUCUUUUGAUGAAGAUCAGGUCUUUUUUCCCUUCCUGAGCCACGCCUUGGCCUGCUUAUGGGCGGACCAAGGGGUGAGAGCUGCAGUGGCCCGGGGAUACGAGUAUGAGCUCAAUGACUCAGCGCUGUAUUUCUUUGAAAAUAUGAGCCGCAUCUCGUCUCCGGACUACGUUCCUACAGAGAUGGACGUUCUGCGCGUGCGGCUGAGGACUACAGGCGUGAUCGAGACACAGUUCAAAGUCAAGCACCUCACUUUCAGGAUGUACGACGUUGGAGGUCAGCGAACGGAGCGCAGGAAGUGGAUUGGCUGCUUUGAGGAUGUCCGGGCGGUGCUCUUUGUGGUGUCGCUCAGCGGUUAUGACAUGACCCUGGUGGAGGACCCCUCCAUGAAUCGUCUGCAGGAGAGCAUGAAGCUCUUCUCCUCCAUCUGCAACAACGUCUUCUUCCGAAGUACAUCCAUGAUUUUAUUCAUGAACAAAAUUGACCUUUUCCAAGACAAGAUUCUGCACUCGGGGCGACAUCUGCGCCAUUACCUCCCUCAGUUUAAAGGAGCAGACUGUGACGUGGAUUCGGCGGCCCGCUUCAUCACCGCCACCUUCGUCUCGCUGGACGCGGCUUCCACGAAGCUCAUCUAUCACCACUUCACCACAGCCACCGACACCUCCAACAUCCAGGUGGUCUUUCAGGUGGUUAUGGACACAAUUAUAAAAGAGAACUUGGAGGCAGUGUCUCUCCUGUGACUGCCAGAGCAAGUCUUGAGUUCGUAGCAACUGAAAGGGCCCCGGGACCUUUGGACGUGAUGCACACACUGUCUUUCGGUUGCCCACUUUAGUUGGGAGUUCUGAUCAUUUCAAGGAGCUUUGCAAAAAUCCCCAAACAAUCAAGGACUACCUUUAAGCAGCGAUGUUUGAACUCUGUACUUUCAAAACAUGCUGCGAAAGGAAGCAGCGGAGAUGUGCCUGUUGUGUGUGAGAGGGCGAGCAAUUCACCGUUUUGUCCACGGGGGGCGGCUGUACCACGUACACUCGUGCAUCCUAUGAAAUAUUUUCCCCACUCAUCCAUGACGGCGUCACACUUCCGAGGGGGCGGCGAGCAGCUGCAUCGUGAAAAAUUCUCUCCAUCUUGCCAUUCGUCGUAACGAUUAGUUUAGUGCGUUAAUAACCCAUUUAUAUUUUAAAAAAGGUGUAUCUUCGGAAAGUCUAAGGCUGAAUGGCACCAACGAGCCAUAAUUCGAUCGGAAAUGAGCUCUAAUUAGAGAUGAGUAAAACCAAAUUUAAAAUGAGUUCAUCCAGUCAAAAAAUGAAGUAGAGCUCUGUUGCACCAUUUCACAUUAAUCUCGCUUGACGAAAACUCAUUUUCAUUGAUGAGCCCAACCUAAUUAAUAGGGACGAUUGUGGACAUCGAAAUGAAAACAAAUCAUUAAUUCUGCAAUAAAAUAUAGAACCUACACUGCUACACCACUGUGGAGGAGACCCCUGUCAACGUUUGCUUUUUUUCCCCCCAAUUAAACUCACUGAGCAGCUUGGUUCUGGAGUGUAUAUACACGUAGCGAAUGUUGUUUUUUUUUCAUUCAGGUUCAUUCGAGUUUGUGAAGACAGUUGCCAGACACUCAGUUUUUCUUCCCACCAUCAAAUUUUGAGGGCCCUCAGAGGUGAGCGCCAUGCCGCUCAGUGAGAUCUUUUACACUGUUGCUAGUUAGCAAGAAACACGAGCCCAACGGCACUUGGAAGCUCGGCCGAAUUAACGUAGCAAAUAAAAGACCACAGCCUAAAAAAAAAAUGCUGCCAAUUGUUGAAGUUAAACCAUCCAAACUAUCAGUUUACCAUUAAUUGCAGUUUAAACUGGAAUUUCAACUUGGUUUCACGGCAGAAAUUUAACUUUGGUUUAAAGAGAGGUUUAAAUGGAGUUUGUUUUACUUUAAAGUUUGCUGCAACAGAAUUCAAACUUAAAUCAUGAUUCAAUCUAGAUUUAAAGUUGAACCUUGUUGGUGCAAACCGGCCGAAGCGUUUAAUUACCUGUCUUUGACAUUUUGGGGUCACAUCAAACCUGGUGUGUUUUAAAUGUGAUCCAUAAGGCCUCUCUUGCAUUGCAGAGGCCAUUUUAGAUGUUCUUAAUACGUCAGUACUCUGUUUCAUGUUUGUGUCUUGACUGGAAGUUAAAGGAGAGUAAUGCCUUAUGUUGGUCAUUUCCUCUUCUUCUUAAUGUUCUUUUGUCUUUAACUAAAAAUGAAAAUACACAUUGUUGUUGUUGUUUGUUUCCCCAAUGUGUUAUUCGGUUCGGUAUGUUCAACGUUGUCCUGAAACUGCAAGAUGUAAUAAAAAUGUGUGGCUUGAA